UGAUGCUGCUGUUGGAGAUCUAAGGGGUUCCUUCCUUAAUGUCCUAGGAAGAAUGGUGGAGGAUGAGGAAACUAGAAAAAAGAUUGAUGCUCAAGCCACUGACUAUGAAAAGCUUAGGGGACCUGCCUUUUCAAAUAAAAUGGCUAUACAAAACCUUGAGUCAAUGAACCCUAUUGACUGGUGGUGCUCAUAUGGUGGCCGUGUCAUUGAGUUACAAAGAUUUGCUAGGCGUAUUGUUAGCCUUUGUGCGUCAUCAUCGGGCUGUGAGCGGAAUUGGAGUACUUUUGAGUUUAUCCACACAAAGAAAAGGAACCGGCUGCUGCAUAAGAGAUUGAAUGAUAUCGUGUUUGUUUCCUACAACCGGAAGAUGAAAAGUAGGUUCCAAAUGAGGCGACAGAAAAAGGGGAAAGCUUUGAUCCUUUGGUGCUUGAGAAUUUUGAUUGGGACAAUGAGUGGGCUGACUCAUUGCAUGUGCCCACUCAAGGUGGCCAUGGGUGUGAUUGUGACCUAGACCUUACAUGGCAGCAAGUGGAUGAAGCUGUUGGUGCAUCACACCCACUUCAAGGCCGAAAUUUACCAAGGCGUGCAAGAAAUUCAACAUCAACUCAAGCCCUUGAAGAUGAAGAAGAGGAAGCAGAUCCACAUGAUGAUGCUGAUGUGAGAGAUUGUGAGGAUGCUCAAGCUGGUUCCAAUGAUGAAGGGCAAGACAAUGGUGCUGCUAGCAUCGUUGAUGAAUUUGAUGAUGGAUACUGAGAUUUAAGAGAUCUCAGAUUUGUGCUUUUGCUACUUUUGUGAACCUGUCCAUCACUAGUUAAUUUGUUAGACUAAAGACUAUUGAGUUUGUGGACUGAUGUAGUAUUGUACU